UCACAGCUAUCAACAAGCUCAUGAACAUAAAGUCGGGAGACUGAAUCCUCACAGUUGCUGCAAGCGGUAGCCAUGCCCUGGAGAAACUUCUUGCUGACCCUGAGGAAAUCAUCGCAGUAGAUUUACAUGCUGAACAAUUGCAUCUCGCAAAACUACAGACCUGCGGAAUAAGGCAUCUGAACAGAGGAGAUUUCUGUAAAUUCAUGGGGGUGAACAGAAAAGCGUGGCAGCCUUCAGAGCGAGUGUCCAUCUACAACACGAUACGUCCGAAUUUAGAUACCGAAACAAUGACAUUCUGGGAUGAAAAUCGUAUGUUGAUAGAAAAGGGCAUUCUCUAUUGCAGUGACUUAGAAUUAUCAUUAAUGCAGUUGAGUGAUAUAUUAAUUCCGAAUAUCCACGAACGUAGAACCGUAUCCGAAUUCCUUGCCUUGGGUGAUGACAUGGAGAAACAGAUCGACUUCUUUGAAACAGUUUGGAAUACGCCACAAUGGAGACGUGUUUACACACAUAUACGCAGUCUUGCAGCAUCAUCAGCGGUUCUGCCGGAAGUCGAUUACGCACAGGCGUGUUUAAACCACUUUGAGAAGACAAUACGAAACAUCCCAAAUAAUAAGAAUCAUUUGCUCGAGUUUUUGCUGACUGGAGAAAUAGAAGGAAUGUGUUUACCCCCAUAUUUAAGAGACGGGAAUUAUGAGUUCAUAAAGUCCCGGCUCGAUAGAAUACAAUGGCUGGAGUCUGAUCUGCUGACAUACGUAGGUAACUACGCGAAGCAAGGCCAACCAAAGUUUGAUGGAAUCAACUUCUCUUCAAUUUUGAAUUACCAAAGUGCAGCCAAGUUACAAGAUUUAUUUCAUAAUGCAGCCAAGAUUUGUCACCCUGGAGCAAAACUUGUAUAUUACAAUCUACCUGCGGUUAAAGCGAGGAUUCCCUUCGAUGUAUGGGAUGGUAUGAAGCUAAUAUGCGAAGACGAGAAGAAUUGGAAAGACACCAACAGUAUUUACUUUCUUCCAGCUGUGACGACUGUCCAUUGAAGUUGAUCGGUUGUUUCUUUUCGACCUGUGUUUUAACAUUUUUGGUUAAACCCCAUUUGACAGUGUUUGCACGCCAUAUUGACUGGAGGUUUGCAUAUUGAGUUUCACCACUUAUAUACCCAUCUACUUACCAAA